AUGGUUGUGAUGCUUUCUGUGCAGAUGAUGGCGGAGGAAUGGAUCCCGAAGGAUAUUAAGGGAAAUGAUGUCGAUCUUAGCAUUUACAAGGGAAAAGUUCUGCUGGUCAUCAAUGUUGCUUCCAAAUGCGGACUGACCAACUCAAAUUACGAUGAGCUGAAUCAACUGUAUCAAAACUAUAAAGAUCAAGGCUUUGAAAGUCUGGCAUUUCCGUGCAACCAGUUUGGUAGUCAGGAACCAGGAAGUAACAAAGAGAUUGAAGAUUUUGUCUGCACUCGUUUUAGAUUUAAUCUAUAGUUAUCAUUUGUUGUGGCUCAGUGUAUAUAUUGAGCAGUCGAAUGCUCAUUGAAAUUUUUAUAUGUCUGCACUUGUAGCUCACUGUAUGAUACAUGCUGAGUUUUGUAGUUUUCUGUGGGGGCUGUUACAUUCAGUGGACAGGCCAAUAUUAGCUUUUUGUCCAAUUGGACCAAUAUUAGCUUUUUUUUGUCCAAAA